UCUUUCACGAUGUCAUGGGAGAUCCGGUCACCGCCUUGUUUCUAAAGAGCCUUUUUCCUGCGGUCAGACUUUCUGUUCUGUUGUCACAUGCAUUCCGCCUACAUUACCAAUGUGGCACGGAGGAGACACUGAGCAUGGAUGCGACUCUAAUAAAACAGGCUCCCAUAGUGGUGGCUCUUCAGGAUGUGUCCCUGGUCUCGAGUCAGCCUGGCACAGUUACCACCUUAGCCCUGGGAACAGCAUCUGUGGUGGGCACAGACAGAGUACAGUGUCUGACAGUGGUGACACUGGCAUUGGCACUCACUUCUCUGACAGUGUGGAAGAUGACUCCAGUUCCAGUACCACGCCUUUUUCUUUCCAGCCACUGUCCCAGCUUCACUUCAGCCAGGAUGAUGCUAACCCCAUUGUCCAUGUUAUGCCACCCAAGUCCUCUUCACCCAACACCAGUGUUAGAGUACCUUCCUCCCCAAUCAGCACGGUUAACUGUACCAGGUCUUCUCAGCUGCUAAUGCCAACCAUGUCUCACCUGGGUGCUCCAAGGUAUCGGAACAUGAAGGAACAUCAACUCAUCCGGAGGUGGUCCUCACAGGGCUCUCUGGACAGAGGCCUGGUAAAUGGGCACAAAAGAGGGCCCAUGGUUUCAAAUGUGGACCUUUAUCUACAGCUAUCUUCCUCUGUGCACUGCCAUACCCUGCUGCAGCGCUCACCAGGUUGUGGCCCCUGCUACCAUUACAACCACAGCAGUACAUCCAGUGGAUUGGAAACAAGCCUGUCCCUUUUCUCAGCUCUGUCUUUCCCAGUAAAACACAUUGGUCUGGACAUGAGCUAUAGUGCUUUACCAGAUGUGAAACUGGGUCCAGGAGGUGGAAGGGUUAAUGACCUCAGCUUAUCCAAACAAGCAGACUUACCACUGGGUCAGCAGUCUGACAGAAGCUCCCCAAUUCAGCCUGCUGUUCGCACCCAUAUGUGGCUGACUGAGCAGAUGGCGGACAGGCCCAAAGCAGUGCAUCAGAUCAGUGGUACUGAAAUAAAGGGCUCUCUUGGAGAUGAGUCAUCGUCAUUGCAACAGGGACAUAAGCAGGAACCAGGAAUUAACCAGAUGCUGACACUGAUCUCCCACCCUGUAAACACUCUGAUGAAGGCUAAAGAAGGGCUCCUUAGACAGAAAGAGCUGGAGAUCGACAGGCAGAAGCAGGAGAUCUUGCAGCUCCAUAUUCGAAUCAGAGAGAAUGAGCUCAGAACACAGCAAGUCCUGCAGAACCACAGAGGGUGGUUUGACGACCACAUCACUAAGGAGUCAUCAGCAAGACUCCUAUGCAGCAAACAGUCUGAUAGGCUGUGCUGCGAUGAAGAACUUGGUAGGAAGCUAGUAGUGGCUGAACUGGAAGUUCUCCAAUUGAAUGAAUUAUUCAAGCAAGUCACACGAAAAUACACAGAGGAAAUCAGAAAAAUGGAGGAAAAGAUAAAAACAAGGAAUUGCUAUAUCAGUAGUCUGAAAAAGAAGUAUCAAAGAGAGAGUGAACAGAGCAAUGGAAAGCAACAACGGAUAGAGACACUGGAGAAAUACCUUUCUGACCUGACAACACUGGAUGAGGUUCAAGCUCAGGCCCAGCAGCAGGAGGAGGUACAACAGAAAGCCAAGGAUCUGGAGAAGACUGUGUGUCAGUUAGAGAAGACCCUGGAGGAAGGAUGUGCUCUGAUGAAGGAGAGAGAUGUCAAGAUUGAGAUGCAAGCCGAUAGAGAGAAGGACCUGAUUGCAUCUGUGCACAGCCUACAGCAGAAGGUGCAGCAGUUUUUGGAUGAUGGGGUGAGGUUGCCAAUGCAAGACCUGAUGGAGCUUGAGGUGGAAAACACUCGACUUCUAGAGCAGCAAGACUACAGCAGCAGGAUGAUCAAGCAUCAUAAAGAACAGAUUGAGAGACUGACCUUGCAACUAAUGUUGGAUGAAAGCUUAGUGGUGCACCCUCUGUCCCAUGUGGAAAUGCCAGAAGUGGGUCAGCUGCUGAGAGAGAUGUCCCUGUGUCUACUAGACCUCCAGGCUCUGUGCAACAUCCUGGCUCAGAGAGCACAAGGGAAAGAGCCCAACCUGUCUCUACUCCUGGGUAUGAAAUCAUUGGGUGUUUCAGCAGAAGAGAAGGACAGGAGAGAGGUUGUCAGAGAAGAGCUGAGGUUCAUGCUGAUGGAGGUCGGCCAGCUGAGGAGAGACAUCGAUGAGCUGAGGAAAAGCAUCUCAGGCCGCUGUGCUAAGUACAUGGGUGACAACUGUGUCUCCCAGUGAUCCCCUCACCCCCAUCCCCCCAGCUCUGAUGACACAAAAUUUGUAUUCAUUUGAACACAAAUUUUAAGAUUCAUACCAAUGCAGGGUUUCAAGUGUUUGGUGUCACCUUCAUGCUGUGGUUUGAAUAUAAUGAUGGCAGAUGUUAAUAUGACCAGUCCCCAUGUAUAGUGGUUGACCCUGACAUUAGCUGUGGACUCAGUGGGGAUGCACCAGAGCUGAAGCAAAGGAUAAUGGAGACCACAGUUUUUUUUUGUUGGACACACGACCAAUCUACUGUAUCACACUUAUUCAACAACUCUCAAAAUAAAGCAACAUACUAAAAUCUCCUGGAUAAUGGAAAUAAAGUAUGAAAUCAAUUUG